AUAAUAGGAUGGAGGGGUAGAGUAGUAGAUUAGGGGUAGAUUUUGAAAGGAUUAGUGAUGAGCAACAACCAUAGAUACAUAAUCUGCACUGCUGACGGCGGCGUUCCCUGAUUGGCAGCGGGGAUAUUCCUGUCCCGCUAGUUAAUUGAAGCCGAAACCCGCCUCUUUCCUCCAGAGUGCGAAGCUGGAGGAGAAGGAACCAAACCCAGGUCAAACGCGCGCGUCUUCUCAUUCACCUCCUCGCCAUUACUUCCGCCCCUGGGAUGGAGCUGCCGGUGCUAUUUCGAUCUCCGGGCCCCCCUCCCGCGUUUUCCGCCGCCUGUAAUCAUCAUUUUCUGGCGUUUAAUUUCACCAAGAUGGGGAGGAAAACGGUGCUCUUAAGGAAUAGAGCCACGGUGGAGAGGACUAGCGGCCGCGACGCGGUCGACGCUAGCUCAGCUGCGGAGAUAGAUAAUGCUGCCGGAGCUGGAACAGUCUCCGGUGGACCAGCUAUGGAGGUAAUUACACUUGGCCAGAGCUUCCGGGAAGCUGAAUUACCCGUUUGGGAAAAGAUCGGUGCUGUAGUGCGACUCAGCUAUGGAAUAGGGAUAUAUGGUGGGAUGGCUUUAGCUGGAAGGUUUAUAUGUUCGAUGGCAGGAAUCGAUAGCACUGGAGGAUUCACUCCAACAUCAGAUGCCAUUGUGGAAGGACUGGAAUAUGCAGUUCCUCCAAUCGCGGCCCUUCUUUUCAUACUAGAUGAUGAGGUUGUGAGGUUAUCACCCCACGCCCGUGCCAUUAGAGAGGUUGAAGAUGAGGAGCUACGCAGCUUCUUCUGUGGCAUGUCACCUUGGCAAUUCAUUCUGAUUAUUGCUGCAAGUUCUGUCGGGGAGGAGCUAUUUUACCGAGCUGCUGUUCAGGGAGCUUUGGCUGACCUGUUCAUGAGGAGCACGGAUUUGGUAACUGAUACUCGUGGAUUGACUUCAUUGACGGGUGUUUUGCCACCGUUUGUUCCGUUUGCUCAAGCAUUUGCUGCCGUUCUGACAGCUGCUCUUACCGGCUACCUCUAUUACAUUACGUCCUCUCCAAAAGAUCCCAUUUAUGUCAUUGCACCAGUAUUGAAGUCCAGUCGUGAAGAUUUGAAAAAACUAUUUGCAGCCUGGUACGAGAGGCGACAAAUGAAGAAGAUAUACUCUCCCCUACUAGAAGCAUUUUUAGGACUCUACCUUGGAUUUGAAUGGAUCCAGACAAACAACAUUCUUGUGCCGAUUGUUACACAUGGAAUAUACUCAGCUGUUGUGUUGGGACAUGGAUUAUGGAAGAUCAAUGAUCAUAGGAGAAGGCUACACCAGAGGAUCCAACAACUGAAACAUGUCGGAAAGAGUUCCAGUGAUCAUUGAUCAAAUGCUUUAGGCGUAAAUGUUUUUUUGUAAUUACUAGCUUUAUAACACAGAUCCUUGUUCCAAUUAGGGUGGCUAACAUGAAAAUAUUAUGUUCUAGUGUGUGUAUAUCAUUGGGUCAUUUAUAGAAUGUGUAUGUUUGUACUAACUUAAUAAAUUCAUCUCAUUAUGAAGCGUGACUAUGUUGUUGAUGUGAUAGAACUAUAGAACUAUAGAAGUCUUUAUGAAGAACAACUGCAUUAUAAAUAUUUAAUUGGUGAUAGGAAAUAAACUCAUGAUAAUAGUAAG